AUCGACUCACCCCCUGCAUCCUCGCUCCUGCUCCACAUCCCCGUGAAAGUGCAGCGAUCCCCCCUCUCCUCUCGAAACACCCCCUCUCUGCCUCCUCCCCUGCUCCUCCCUGUUCUCUCUCUCCCUCCCCCUCUCGCGGCCACGCGUGGGCAUCCCAAAUCCUCCUCCUCCUCCACUCCUCUUUUCGUUGCGACGACAGGGAUUCCCUGUGACUGCGUCCGAGUCUAUGGCCAACAAUCUGCAGGAGCAUGCCACAUUCAUCUCUCUCAGAUCCCCCGCUGACAUGUCAUAAUCCCGGCCAAGGGAGGGCCUCGCCCUUGGCGGCUGAUGGCAGCGGCUACCUUUCCCACUCCAGUGCCCGGUCGCCAGCCGAGUCAUCCUCCGCUGUGCUUGCCCUUUUUGCCGGGGGCCCGGCGGCCCCCGCCGCGGCUCCCAGCCCAAGCAUCACUCCGUCUGGUGCAAACCCCAAACGUCCGAAGAAUAAGAAGCCGAAAGCCAAUCAACGUCCCCCCAAGGGCAUGGCUGGACCCGGCUCGGGUGGCAGCCAGUAUGCAUCGGCUCAGGCCGGGCGCCGAGCAGCCCCAUCUAAGUUCCUCUUCGCCGAUGAGGCCCAUUGCGACCUGGCCGGCGAUGACAUCCAAGGCUUGGCCACUCUGGCCCUCUCUUCUACCUGGGAGGUCAAUCAAUUUGAUUUCUUCUACAGCCAGGACAUGCUGGUCAGCAACAUGACUCGCCACAUGUACACACUCCCAUCAUCGGAAUUUGUCGACCUCAAUCGCUUGGGCUUCUCCAUUGAACAAGCGAGCUGGGACUAUUUCGACUUCAUGCCGGAGAACUUGCAGAUGUUUGAUUACCUGGUCUCGCCGAAGCGGAGUAUCCUAAAGCCUGCCACGCCGGAGGCCUGGCAAAGCACCAACCACCGCGCUGAUGUCCUGUAUCACAAUCCCGAGAAGCGAGUGGUGGAAUUCAUGAAAACCAAUCGCUCUUUCGAGACAAUCCUCGAGCUGAUUUCGCACUAUGACCCGGUUCUGCUUCAGCUACAUCUGGCCACGCAAAAUCUCUUCAGUCUCAUCUUGAACUUCCAUCGAACAUACCGGUUCCGCAUCUUCUGUGCGGGCCUCUUCGUUUUCGAUCACACCCUCAAGUAUGUGCUCAUGGUCGAGUCGUACAACAGCUCCUGCUGGGCUUUGCCCCGAGGCAAGCUCAAUGAGGGCGAGAACAUUGUCCAUUGCUCAGUGCGUGAGGGUGAGGAAGAACUCGGCAUCGACCUCUUUGAUAUCGCCGUGCAUUCCAGCUACCUGGACAUUUCCCAGGUCCCAACCAUGACGUCGGGCGCCCCGGCGAUUGCCUCUGGUCCUGGCAGCCAUUCGCCCUCCAGUGGGGGCGGUGCUGGCGGCACCAGCACCGGUGCCAGUGUCGGUGCCCCAGCCGGCAGUGCCGCGAGCAGUGGUGGUGCCGGUGGUGGCAGCAGCAGCAGCAGCAGCAGCAGCGCCCUACACAAGAUGAACACACGCUACUACUUUGUGUCCGGCCUGCCCGAGAGUGUUUGCCUGGCCCAAAUGACACGGAAGGAGAUCCGCCGAAUCCUUUGGUUCGACUUCGACAACAUCGCCAACAGUGAUCGCACCAACGAGCGAAUUAGCUUCUACACCAACAUGCAAGCCAUCUUCAAGGCGGCUGUGCCGUAUGUGGAGCGCGCACGCAUGCGGCUACAGCAGCUUGCCAUGCUGGAGCAUACGGCUCCCCUGACGGCAGAGGUGGCCUUCGAUGCAUCGAAGCCCCGGCAUGAUAUUGAUUUGUCGGCGCCGGCCGUGGCCCCUAUCCAUUCUUCCGGUGUCCUCUGGACCGAUAGCGCCAUGCCGCCCUUCACUUCCGAGGAAUUCCGGUCGCUGGUGCUGCAUAAUGCCGCCAGUCAGCCGGCGCCCCGGCCACCGCUGGGGUCCCCUCUGGACUUGGAUGUCGGCGUCGCGUCACCGAGCAUGCCUGGUGCCGGCUCGACUGACGCCCUCUCCCCCUUGGGCGCUGGCUCGUCUCUCGGCUCGUCCUCGAGUCUGUCACUAUUGGCUGGGACCACGUGUGGCCGAGCGGGAGGAGGUUACUCGCCGCUCCUGGGCUCGACCAGCUCCUUCGAUGGGGCCGGGUCUUCCGGGCUGAGUACCUUUAGUUGGAAGUACAUCCGGAAGAUGAAUUCCGAGCAACGCAUUUUCAUUGACAGCCUACGCGAUGAGAUGAACCGUCUCCUUCCGCCACCAUGAGCUCUUCCAGCUCGGGGAAUAGAUUCAGGCGCGCGCGCGCACACACACGCAUGCAUGGCUGUGUGUCUCCAUCCUUGUCAAGCCUGUCAUGCGUUGGGGUUGCGUUUGUUCAUGUUGUCCAUCUUGUUGCUCGUGUGUGGCGAGGGGAGGAGGAGGAGCGCAGGGGGGGGGGGGAUCGCGCCAAACGCCUUCCUUUCCCCUGGCCUGCUUGCGGCACGCGCUCGGGGGGGGCUGGGAAGUGAUGAAGCACGGGGGAAGAGUCGGAAGCAGGGGGAGGGGAGGGGGAAGAGCGCGUAGCAUCGAGAAUGGGAUAUGAACCGGCGUUUGGCG